CUGGUGCGCGCCGCGCCGGGUCCGCGGUCCGGGCGCGAUGGCGGCGCUGGGCGGGGACGGGCUUCGCCUGCUGUCAGUGUCGCGGCCGGAGCGGCAGCCCGAGGCGGCGGCGCUGGGCGGGCCGGGCCCCGGGCUGUGCUGCUGGGUGUCGGUGUUCUCCUGCCUCAGCCUGGCCUGCUCGUACGUGGGCAGCCUCUACGUCUGGAAGAGCGAGCUGCCCAGGGACCACCCCGCCGUCAUCAAGCGGCGCUUCACCAGCGUGCUGGUGGUGUCCAGCCUGUCGCCCCUGUGCGUGCUGCUCUGGAGGGAGCUCACGGGCAUCCAGCCAGGCACAUCCCUGCUCACCCUGAUGGGCUUCAGGCUGGAGGGCAUUUUCCCAGCAGCGCUUCUGCCACUGCUGCUGACCAUGAUCCUUUUCCUGGGCCCGCUGAUGCAGCUCUCUAUGGACUGUCCCUGCGACCUGGCUGAUGGGCUGAAGGUUGUCCUGGCACCCCGCUCCUGGGCCCGCUGCCUCACGGACAUGCGCUGGCUCCGGAACCAAGUGAUCGCGCCGCUGACGGAGGAGCUGGUGUUCCGCGCCUGCAUGCUGCCCAUGCUGGCCCCGUGCACGGGUCUGGGCCCCGCCGUGUUCACCUGCCCCCUGUUCUUUGGAGUCGCCCACUUCCACCACAUAUUUGAGCAGCUGCGUUUCCGCCAGAGCAGCAUGGGAAGCAUCUUCUUGUCUGCGGCGUUCCAGUUCUCCUACACCGCCGUCUUCGGAGCCUACACGGCUUUCCUCUUCAUCCGCACAGGACACCUGAUUGGCCCUGUCCUCUGUCACUCCUUCUGCAAUUACAUGGGCUUCCCUGCCGUGUGCGCCGCCCUGGAGCACCCACAGCGGAGGCCCCUGCUGGCCGGCUACGCCCUGGGCGUGGGACUCUUCCUGCUCCUGCUGCAGCCCCUCACAGACCCCAAGCUCUACGGCAGCCUGCCCCUGUGCGCACUCCUGCAGCGGGCAGGAGACUCAGAGGCCCCCCUGUGUUCCUGACCCAUGCU